AUGGCCGCCGCUGAAAAGCCUGGCUCCAGUUCGUCCAAUCUCAAUCCCGCUUCAUCCAACUCCUCCAAUUUCUCCUCCAACACCACCUCGUCCUCCAGUCCCAACCUCAAUUCUCUCAAUUCUUCCGGCUCUCCAGCUUUUUCAUCUGCUGCUGCCACUACUGCUGCUGCUACUACUGCUGCUGCUGUCGCUACAGUGGUUUCAUCUCCAUCUCCAAAAGUAGAUGUUAAAGAUCAUUCUUCUUCAACUUUUCCUGGAAAUGAUAAUAAUGACAGUGAACGUGAAAAUGACAAUGACAAUGGCCAUGACAGUGUUAAGAAUAACUCAAAUGAAAACGACGACAAUGACAAUGACGAAAGUGCUCGCAAUGCUACACAAGUAAACACAAAUGAUAGUAGGAGCAGGAGCACAAGCACAAGUAAAAGCAGAAGUAGAAGCGCGAGCACAAGCACAAGCACAAGCAAAAGUAGAGGCAAACUUAUAAGUAGAAGUAGAAGCAAAAGCAGAAGCAGAAGCAGAAGCCACAGUCCUUUAGAAGCAAUUGCUCCUGGAUCUACACGUAUCACCGAGUAUGAAGACAUUGCAGCGGCAGCGGCAGCCGUGGCAGCUGUAUUUGAAGCUCAGAACCUCAAAGACUCACAGCAGCAGCAACAACAACCACAGUCACAGUCACAGUCCCAAUCACAAGAACCAACUAUCCCUUCAAUUGAGCAUCCAGUGGAACCUCCAACAAAUACAGUAAAUGAACCAUCGUCAUCUACUUCUCUUUCUUCUUCUUCUUCUCUCCAGCACACUGCAUCAAGUUCUAAGGAAUACUUUCAGGCACUGUUGCAACCUCUACAUCACGCGACUGCAGCUUUUGAAAUUUUCCAAACACAAAUGCGCAAGACUUUGGAACUGUGUGGCACUGAAGCCAGCAUUGAUGAAGAGCCUGUUCAUGCCAAUCUUCGUGUUGCUUCUGAUGUCUUGAAAGCCUUUUCCGGGUUCAUCACGGCGCGUGCGUUCCCGGAAACAAGUCAUUCUCCUGGGCCUAGCUCCCAAAUGCAGUCCUUAAUAGUUGAAACUCCUCCACAAAAUAACACCACUAACACAACCACCACCCACACCAACACCAACUCCAAUACCAACUCCACCACUACUUCCAAACUUUCAAAAGAUGGCAAUGGGGCUUACCGCUGGACCUCAGUAGAGACACCAGGCAAGUGUCAUUCAAAGUAUCGGCAAGGUGAGUCUUCUAUGCAACAGCAGCAACAGCAGCAACAGCAGCAACAGCAGCAACAGCAGCAACAGCAGCAACAGCAGCAACAACCGUUUCAUGGAUAUUUUGCUCCUCUUCAUCAUUAUUCUCCUCGUGAGGCUACAACAACUUCCGAUGAUACCACUCAAAGUAACCAGCCAACCACACCGGAGGAAACGCAUUCCGGCUUACUUGCCGAGGAAGAUACCACAAGACAUACACAACCUGAAGUAACGGCAACUACUGUAGGUGCCACUACUUCAACUGCUGCUGGCACUGGUGUUGGUACUAGUGCUGGCACUGGUGCUGCAUCGUCGUCUUCACCGGUACACAGCGCAAGUACUAGCAAUACCACAAGUCCUGGUCCUGAUACCGCGAUGAGUCCGGUUCCAACUGUGUCUCGGCCCAAGCCGAAUCGGAAACACGGCCAACAAUCCACCGAAUUGAGCGAAGUACCGCAGUACCGAAUGAACCGCAAAAUCUCCACUCUACAGGAAAUGGUACAGGAGUGGUACCAAGGACUUGGAGGGGGUCCGAGUGUGCGGAGCCUGGAAGCACAGUACGGAUCUAAAUGGCGCACUAAAAACGAUGCGGAGCGUGUGUUUUUAGGGCGACGUAAGGUUAUUAUUAACCGUAUUGAACAGGCAAUUCGCACAGCCAGUGGGAAACGCGGGAUUGAUGAGAUUGUGGAGGAAAUGGAAGCUGAACGAAAGAGAUUAAGGAAGUCAAUUGAUGGGCUUGGAAGAUACUACAGUCAACAAGCAGCGCGUGAUAAACAUGCUUCGGCAGCUAGCCAGGAGCGAGCAACAGCCGCCGCGGUUGCUGCUGCUGUAGCAGCUGCCACUGCUCACCAACAAGCCAUUAUGCAUGCGGCGAGUGGAAGCGGUAGUGGGAGCAAUAGCAGUAGCAGCAGCGGCAAUAACAAUGAUAGUAGUAGCAGUAGUAACAACAACAACAACAACAAUGGCGAUUCAGGGAGUAACUCUGGAGGGGAUAACAAUGAGAGAAAUGCUGGUCUAAAUACGGAUGGGUCAGGUGCAAGUACUUCAGGAGGUAAUGUUGGAACCUCAAAUAAUAGCCUGCAGACACUGCUGGCUGGAACUGAAGGAAUACCUGGAUUUGGUGGAGAUAGUGGUGAGAGCUCGUUGACAGCUGUUGCAGCUGCAGCUGCUGCUGCUGCCGCUGUUGCGGUCCAUGCUGCUGCUGCCACAAGUUCUUCAUCUGCCGCUGCAGCUGCUAUAAUAGCAGCUGCGACGAAUAGAACUGGGGACAAGCUUAAAGGUGACGACAACAAGACAGGGGAAGAAGAAUUGAGAAACAAAGGCACAGUGGGAUCCAGUCUUCACCAACAGCAACCGGCUGUGUCUUCGCAGCAGCUCAUCACUCGGCCACAGUACGAGUACGAAAGCGUGUUAGAUUUUUCACCUGUUAAACGGCGCGGCGGUGGUGGUGGUUCUCGCGCACGAAAAGCACCCAACACUAUCAAACCAUAUACACCAUUACCUCUGCCAGUACAGAUGCCAGUACCUUUGUCUGCACACGAGCCGGUGCCAGAAUCUGAGUCUGUUGUGGAGCCAGAGACGACGGUAGCUACUAAUACUACAGCUGCAGAAGCAGCAGCAGCAGCUGUUGAGACCGCUGUUGCUGCAGUAGAAAUGGAAACAUCAAUGGCAGGACAUGCAUCUGGAUCAUCUCUAUCUUUAUCAGUACCUUCUGAAAUUUCGUCUGCGGAGACUAGUGAGGUUCAUGAGGAAAGUAAUGGAGGCGGGGAAGAAGAAAGGACCCAAAUAUCUACAGAGAAUGGAGAAGAAGGGCACUCGCACCAGAAAGAAGAUUCACAUCAUCAAGAGCACCAGCAAGAAGAUUCAAAUCAUCAUGCGCACCAGCAAGAAGAUUCAAAUCAUCAUGCGCACCAGCAAGAGGAUUCAAAUCAUUCAGAGCUCCCACAUGAGGAUUCAAAUCAUUCAGAGCUCCCACAUGAGGAUUCAAAUCAUCAUGAGGAGCACCAGCAAGAGGGCCAACAUGAGCAUGAACAUGAACAUGAACAAGAGCAUAGCCACCAUGCUGAAGAGCUUUUGGAGCAUACACCGGAACAAACUGGUGAAGUUGUUGAUUCAUCAGCAGCUUCUCGAGUGCUACAGCAAUUAGUAGAGCAUGACUCUGGUGAACAGAUUUCUGUUGUUGCGGCUGAUGAGCCUGUUGAGUCUGGUGAACCUGAUCUUGAUGAGCGUCAGCAUGAGAGCUCUCAACAAGUUGACCCCCAGAAUGAGGAAUCUCACAACGAAGAGUCUCAACAUGAUAAUAAGCAUGAGCAUGAGCAUGAGCAUGAGCAUGAGCAUGAUGGUGAUGGUGAUGAUGAUGAUGAUAAUUCUGAUUCGCAUGUGGAAGCUGCUGUGUUAGCUGCUGCAGCGACUGUGGUGGAGGAAAAUUCCAGGCCUUUGAAGUGUGAAGAAGAGGAGCAGGAGAUUCUUCAAGACGUUGUCAUGGAAGACAGCAAGGAGCAUAUUCAUAUUCAUAUUUAA